UCUUAUGAUUGCAGAUGAGAUUACCCUGCACGUCCCCGAUCUUGAUCUAGAGCAAGAUGUGAAUGUGCUACUUUCUGAUGCAAAGAUGGUAGAGGAGUUGGAGCAAUGUGUGAUGAACUGGCAGACUCACAUUACCAUUGUUAUUGAGGAGCAGCAAAGCAAAAGACCACAAGCACCUGGGCCUAUGGCUGAGAUAAUGUUUUGGCAGGAGCGUGCAUCUGUCUUUAAUACUAUGUGUGAGCAGUUGAAACAUCCUGUAGUAAAGAAGAUCUUGGAGGUAAUGACUAAAGCAGAUGCAAGUAUUGUUCUGAUCUUGGAAGAUACAGUCGCUGAACUUAAUAAACAUCGUGCUGAAUCAGACGAUAAUGCUCGUUACCUCAGCACACUGGAAAGAUACUUCAUGAAUCUAGCUACUGGAGCAAAUUUUGGUGUGAUCCUGGAGACCAUAGAGCCUCUAAUGAACAGCUUGCAAAUUGUGUGGAUUAUCUCAUCCCACUAUAACACAAAUGAACGUAUGGUCCCUCUAAUGGAGCGCAUUGCCUGGCAGCUGUGUGAGCGGGUGUCUCAAGUAAUUGAUGUCCAUACACUAUUCAAGGAUAAGAGGAAAGUGGCCAAAACCAAGGUGCAUGAUGCUAACCAGGUUCUGGAGAAGUGGAAGUCGUCCUACUUCGUAGUACGUGCUGAAAUUGAAGAAUCAGGAAGGGAUUUACGGUGGGAAUUUGACCGCAAGCGGCUGUUUGAGAGAACCGAUUACAUGGCAUCCAUCUGUCAGGACCUAAACAAUGUUUUACAGGUUUUGGAGGAGCUGUAUAAUGUCUUUGGUCCAGAAUUAAAAGGUGUAGCUGGUGAUGCUAAAUGCAUUGAAGAGGUGCUGUGUAGAAUACAUUAUCUGGUUAAGCCUUUUGAGGAGCUCAGUUUUAAUCCUUUCAACAUCUGUAAAAUGAGCAGCUGGAAGAUGGUCAUGCAAGAAUUCAACGAUACAGUUCAGGCUAUUGAAGGAGAUGCCAUCAACCUAAUUGAUCAUUCUUUUAAGACACUGCGUUCUUCAACUGCUGCAUUUAAAAUGCUCCUAAAAUUCAAGCACAUCUGCUUCAGAAAGGCCAUCAGCGACCAUUUGAUGAAAAAGUUUAAUGACAUCCUGGUUCAGUUUUGCAAAGAGGUUGACAGUGUAAAUGAAAUCUUUGAGGCAAAGAAGGAUAAACCCCCUCUAAAUAAAAAUGAGCCUCCUGUGGCAGGAUCAAUCAGAUGGGUUCGAUCUCUGCUCUACCGCAUGAAACACACCUUCCUUCCCUUUCUAGAUGUGCCUGAGAUAACAGAGAGUGGACACUUCAAAGUGGCCCAUGACAAGUAUGUGAAAAUUGGAACACAGAUCAGGGACUAUGAGAAGAAUAAGUUUGGACACUGGCAGGCUGAGACAGAACACGUGUUGCCAUUACUAAUGAAAAAGCCACUGUUGAUCGCUCAUGAAAAAAGCCUUCAGGGGGAAUUGGGCGUCCAACCAGCUGAAAGCAGCCAGAAGAGGGGUGUGCGAUACUCUGUGAACUUUGCUCCAGAGAUAAAACAAAUCAUUUCUGAGACAGCCAACCUUAUGCUACUGGGCUACUCUGCGCCCUCCGUGGCUCAGAGUGUUGCUCUGCAGGAGAACACAUUCAUUAGGUAUGUUGGCGACUUGAACAACCUUGUGAACCACUACCACUCUGCAAUGGACAGCCUGAGCAAUGCACAAUUUAUUAUGCUGGAGCAAAAGAUCACACUAGUCAACAACGAGAUGCAUUUUGGAUGCAAAAGACUGAAUUGGAAUUCCUUGGGUAUCCGUGAUUUCAUCAGCCAAGGAUUUCAAGUUGUUUCCAAGUUUGAGACAGUUGUCAACCAAAUCCAGAAGAAUGAGAGGGAUAUCGAAUCCAGGCUGCAGUCCAUAACGACAGCCAACUUAGUGAGAUUUCCACUUCCAGACAAAUCCAAUGACUUGCCAGGUAUCAAGGAGUUCUGCCAACAUAUUGAGCAAGAGCGGACCAAGGCUGUGAAUUUGCUGAGUAGGAAGUAUGCUGACAUUGGGCCUCUCAUUACUAAAACAGAACAUUUGAUUAUGGAAACCAGCAGUGGCAAAGCCAAAUGUAUGGCUGAAUAUUACGUGUAUUGGGAACACAAGGUGCUAGACGCUCUUAUAAAGAUGAUAUUGAGGAGUAUUCAGUCCUUUGACAUGGCAAUAAUGGGAAAUACUGCACUUUUCCAAAUUGAUGUCAUCUUGUCUGCCCCUAAGAUUGUACUGCAACCACAAAGCAAUGAGAUCUACUGGCUCAUCAUCCAGUGCAUAAAAGACUGCGUUGAGAGCACCAAGCUCUUUGUGCGUUGGAUGCAUGGGACAUGCAUUGAGUGUCCUCCACAGCCCAGUGGCGAAGAUGAGUUGGUGACAUUCAGCUUCUGUAGCGAUGUAUGGCAGCAUCCUCAGAUAAAUGAAAGUGCCAUGAUGGUGUCUCAGAACAUUAAGCAGCUACUUCAUUCGUUGGAACGGUACCUUAAUCAUUGGAAACGGUAUCGCCCUCUUUGGGAAAGGAACAAAACUAUUGUGAAUGAAAAGUUUGCUGCAAGGAAACCAUCCUGUGUCAUGUAUGAUUAUAAGCUGCAGUUCCUUGCUCGUAUCCAUCAGGAGGUGAAGCUAGAGCCUCUUUCCAAGAAUGAACACAUGAUUCAUUUGAAUCUGGAGCCUCUGUAUCACACAGUGCAGGAGAUUGCAGAGUCCUGGAUCAGUUCACUGGGUAGCCUACUCAACAAGCCUGUCAAAGAGGAUCUCUUCAACAUAAGGGAUGAACUCACACAACUCUCUACAAAGCUUCAUCGGAGUCCUGAUUCUUUUGAUAAUCUGAAGUCUGUCCUUGGGACAAUCUCAAACAUCAGGGAUAUGUCCCUAGAUGUGGAAAUAAGAUUAUCUGAUAUCAAGGAAAGAUAUAGAACAUUGGCCAUGUACAAAGUGGAGGUUGGAGAAGAGGAGGUGGAACUGGUGGCAAAAAUUGACCAAAUAUGGAGUGACCUGUUUGCAGAAUCUAAAAAAGUGGACAAAAGUCUGACAGAUGUCAAAACAUCAUUUACACACAUUACGAAAGAGAAGAUUGAAGAGUUUAAGCAGGAGUUGUCAGUGUUUGCGGAAAGCUUUAAUAUGCAUGGUCCCGGAGCUGUAGGAGACGAUUUGGACAAAGGCCUGACGAUUAUGGCAUCAUAUGAGGCAGACCUGGCUAAAAUAGUUGCAGGAAGGCAGGAUCUUGCAAAUGCAGAGAAACUGUUGGACAUGCCAGUCACCAUGUACCAAGAAGUUGUCAGAAUACAGAAGGACAUGCAAGGCUUGAGACAAAUAUACCACAUAUAUAAAGCUCAGAAGGAUGCAAAGGCAGAGUGGUCUGAGACAUUGUGGGUGGAUUUAAACAUCCAGGUGUUACAGGAGGGAGUUGAGAGUUUCAUCAAAAGUUUGAGGCAAUUGCCCAAAGAUGUCCGAGCGUUGCCAUUGGCCUUCUUCCUCGAAGGGCAUAUGAAAGAAUUCAAAGAAUCGCUGCCUCUUCUGCUGGACUUGAAAAACGAGGCCCUCAGAGACAGACACUGGAAGGAACUAAUGGAAAGAACCGGUACCAGCUUUGAGAUGAACCCUGAAAGCUUCACUUUGGAGAACAUGUUUGCUAUGGAGUUGCACAAAUAUGCAAAUGUCAUUGGCGACAUUGUCACCUCUGCUGUAAAGGAGCUCAGUAUUGAGAAGGGAGUAAAGGAAGUGGUGGAAACGUGGGAAAAUAUGAAGUUCAUUGUGCAGCCCUAUUUUAAAGGUGCACAGGAGCGUGGUUAUAUUCUGAGCGCAGUGGAUGAGAUCCUGUUGAAUGUGGACAAUGAUGCCAUGAACUUACAGAGCAUGGCAGGCAGCCGAUUUGUUGGACCCUUCCUUGUCACUAUACAACAAUGGGAGAAACAGUUGUCACUUAUAAGUGAGAUCAUAGAGGUAUGGUUGCUGGUGCAGCGAAAAUGGAUGUACCUUGAGAGCAUAUUUAUUGGUGGAGAUAUUCGCUCACAGUUACCUGAGGAGGCCAAAAAAUUUGAUAUUAUUCACAAAAGGUUUAAAGAGAUAAUGAAUGACACAGUGAAGAACCCGAACAUAAAGCGAUGUUGCCUGAUUCCCAACCGACUAACAGACCUGCAGGCCCUGAGUGAUAGUUUAGAGCGGUGUCAGAAGAGUCUUAAUGACUACCUGGACUCCAAGAGGAAUGCCUUUCCUCGUUUCUUCUUCAUCUCUGAUGAUGAACUACUGAGCAUCCUGGGGAGUAGCACUCAUACCUGUGUUCAGGAGCACAUGAUCAAGAUGUAUGACAAUAUAGCAUCUCUCAGGUUUGAUGGAGAAAGCAAUGGUGAAACAGUAGCUGCAGCUAUGGUGUCUGCUGAAGGUGAAGUGAUGGAGCUGAGGAAGCCCAUCCCAGUAGAGGGCAGAGUAGAGGAGUGGAUGACAGGAGUAUUACUUGAGAUGAGGAAUACUAAUAGACUUAUCACAAAGGAAGCCAUCUUUCACUACUGUGAAGACAGGACCAGGGUGGAUUGGAUGUUGCUGUACCAGGGCAUGGUAGUACUAGCUGCAAACCAAGUCUGGUGGACCUGGGAAGUAGAGGAUGUCUUUAGAAAUGUGAAGAAUGGAGAGAAACAUGCUCUGAAGAAGUAUGCAAAGAAAAUGCACCAACAGAUUGAUGAGCUGGUAACUCGCAUAACACAACCUAUGAAGAAAAAUGACAGAAGAAAGCUUAACACUGUUCUUAUCAUUGAUGUCCACGCAAGAGACAUUGUUGACAGCUUCGUACUAAACAGUAUAAUGGAUGCACAUGAGUUUGAGUGGGAAAGCCAAUUACGAUUCUACUGGGUUCGUGAACAAGAUAAUCUGUUUGUGCACCAGUGCAGUGCUUCAUUUUCUUAUGGAUAUGAAUACAUGGGUUUGAACGGACGACUGGUUAUAACCCCACUAACAGACCGCAUCUAUCUCACCCUCACUCAGGCCCUCUCUAUGUACUUGGGUGGUGCACCAGCUGGACCAGCUGGCACAGGCAAGACAGAGUCCACCAAAGAUCUGGCCAAGGCUUUAGGCCUGCUGUGUGUUGUCACAAACUGUGGUGAGGGCAUGGACUAUAUGGCUGUGGGUAAAAUCUUUUCUGGCCUUGCUCAGUGUGGAGCUUGGGGCUGCUUCGAUGAGUUCAAUCGUAUUGAUGCUUCAGUGCUGUCAGUUAUCUCCGCUCAAAUCCAGACUAUUCGCAAUGCUCUCAUUCUGCAUGUUGAAAGGUUUCAAUUUGAAGGGCAUGAAAUCAGCCUGGACGAGCGAAUGGGCAUUUUCAUUACCAUGAACCCAGGUUAUGCUGGACGCACAGAACUGCCUGAAUCGGUCAAAGCUCUCUUCAGACCUGUUGUUGUCAUUGUGCCUGAUCUGCAGCAGAUCUGUGAGAUAAUGCUCUUCUCCGAGGGCUUCUUAAAUGCCAAGGUCUUAGCAAAGAAGAUGACAGUGCUAUAUAAACUGGCUCGCGAGCAGUUGUCCAAACAGUCUCAUUAUGACUUUGGCCUCCGUGCUCUAAAGUCUGUCCUAGUGAUGGCAGGAGAGCUAAAGAGGGGCUCACCAGACCUAAGUGAGGAUGUGGUGUUGAUGCGUGCCCUCAGGGACAUGAACCUGCCAAAGUUUGUGUUUGAAGAUGUGCCUCUCUUCCUCGGACUGAUCACAGACUUGUUUCCUGGGCUGGACUGUCCUCGUGUGCGCUACCCUACCUACAAUGAUGCAGUGGAGCAGAUCCUGCAAAAGAACAAAUAUAUCAUCCUGCCUACGCAGGUGGAUAAGGUGGUGCAGAUGUAUGAGACAAUGAUGACCAGACACACUACUAUGAUUGUAGGUCCAACGGGCGGAGGUAAAUCAGUGGUGAUCAGUACUUUAUGUCAAGCUCAAACCAAAUUGGGGUUGCACACCAAGAUGUACCCUUUAAAUCCUAAAGCCAUGACUGUUACUGAGCUUUAUGGUGUUCUGGACCCUGACACUCGAGACUGGACUGAUGGGAUUUUAUCUAACAUCUUCCGGGACAUUAACAAACCUACUGACAAACAAGAGCGGAGGUACAUCCUGUUUGACGGUGAUGUGGAUGCUUUGUGGGUUGAGAAUAUGAACUCUGUGAUGGAUGACAACAAACUCCUCACUCUGGCUAAUGGAGAAAGGAUACGUCUACAGAGUCACUGUGCCCUGCUGUUUGAGGUUGGAGACUUACAGUACGCCUCCCCUGCUACGGUUUCACGCUGUGGUAUGGUUUUUGUUGACCCUAAAAACCUGCGCUACACUCCUUACUGGCAGAGAUGGGUGAACAACAGACCUGACAAGGAACAAGAACUGCUCAACAAACUGUUUGAGAAAUAUGUGCCUGGCUCUAUUGACAUGAUUGUACAUGGUAUUGUUGAUGGCAAACAGGGCCAGAAACUUAAGACUAUUGUUCCUCAGACAGAUCUGAACAUGGUUACUCAGCUGUGCUUGACUCUGGAUGCGUUGCUUGAAAGUGAGAGCAGCAGUGCUGAAGUCUUGGAGUGUUACUUUCUGGAGGCACUGUACUGCUCACUUGGGGCCACGUUGUUGGAGAGUGGCAGGAUCAAGUUUGAUACUUUCAUCAAAAAACUGUCAUGUUUAACUAUGAUGGAUGAUGAGAAGGCCAUGGCUGGACCUGGGGAAAUCCCAGGGUACCUUCCAACUCUAUUUGAUUUCCAUUUUGAUGGAACACAGGAAAAGUGGGUUCCAUGGAGUUCAUUAGUUGCCAAAUACACCCACAACCCUGAAAUGAAUUUUGUCGAUAUUCUAGUGCCAACUAUUGACACCACAAGAACCAGCUGGAUUCUGGAUCUGAUGGUGAAGAUAAACAGACCAGUGCUCUUGGUUGGAGAGUCUGGCACUUCUAAGACAUCUACUAUUCACAAUUUCCUGAAGAACCUUAAUACAGACACAACAAUUAGUCUGACCAUAAACUUCUCAUCCAGGACCACUUCAAUGGACCUUCAAAGGAACUUGGAGGCCAGUGUGGAAAAAAGGACUAAAGAGAUCUAUGGGCCUCCUAUGGGGAAGCGGCUACUGGUCUUUAUGGAUGACAUGAACAUGCCAAAGGUGGAUAAUUAUGGGACACAACAACCUAUUGCACUUUUAAAGCUGUUGUUGGAUCGGGGUGGUCUAUAUGACAGAGGGAAGGAGCUUAACUACAAAAUCCUCAAGGAUCUUGGCUUUAUUGCUGCCAUGGGGAAGGCUGGAGGCGGGAGGAACGAAGUGGAUACAAGAUUCAUCUCACUCUUUAGUGUCUUCAGCAUCCCCUUCCCGUCUGUGGAGUCCCUCCAUCUUAUCUACGCUUCUAUUUUGAAAGGUCACACCAGACUGUUUGAGGAAGCCAUACAGAAGAUUUGUGAUGAUAUCACCUUCUGCACUUUGGAACUGUACAAUUCAAUCAUCAAAGAUAUGCCACCUACUCCCUCCAAGUUUCACUAUAUCUUCAACCUGAGGGACCUGUCAAGAGUCUACAAUGGAUUGACCCUCACCAAACCCGACAGGUUCUUGACUGUCACUCAGUUUGUCCGUGUCUGGAGAAACGAGUGUCUAAGAAUAUUCCAUGACAGACUCAUUGAUGAAACUGACAAAGCCUUGGUUCAAAACCACAUAAGGAACUUGACAGAGGAGCAUUUCAAGUCAGACCUAGACGCCGUCAUUAGAGACCCAAUUCUCUUUGGAGACUACCGGACAGCCCUCAGUGAAACAGAACCAAGGGUUUAUGAGGACAUACAGGACUAUGAUGCCUCAAAAGCCCUGUUUCAGGAGAUUUUGGAGGAGUACAAUGAGAACAAGUCGAAGAUGAACCUAGUACUUUUUGAUGAUGCUCUGGAACAUCUGACUCGACUGCACCGCAUCAUACGAAUUGAUCGGGGCCAUGCACUGCUCGUUGGGGUGGGAGGCUCUGGCAAGCAGUCGCUCACGAAGCUCGCUUCCUUCGCUGCUGGCUGUGAGGUAUUUGAAAUAACACUAAGCAGAGGAUACAAUGAGUCAAUCUUUCGUGAAGAACUGAAAACACUGUAUUUGAAGCUUGGCAUUGAAAAUAGGAAGACAGUGUUCCUCUUUACUGAUGCUCAUGUUGCUGAGGAAGGCUUCUUGGAACUAAUCAACAACAUGCUUACCUCAGGCAUUGUUCCUGCAUUGUUUCCUGAUGAUGAGAAGGACUCAAUCCUCAAUCAGCUUCGUGAUGAGGCUCUUAAAAUGGGAGCAGAUCAUUCCAAAGAGAGUUUGUGGCAAUACUUUGUCAAAAAGAGUGCCAACAAUCUACACAUAAUUUUGGGAAUGUCUCCAGUUGGAGACACUUUGAGGACACGCUGCAGGAAUUUUCCAGGGCUGAUGAACAACACUGUUAUAGACUGGUUCCAGCCGUGGCCUCCACAAGCAUUACUUGCAGUAGCUCAGUCUUUCCUCGGGGUAAACCCAAUGAUUCCUGAAGCACACACUGCAGAAGUAAUAGCCCACGUAUGCAUGGUUCAUAGCUCUGUAGAUGUAUAUAGCAAGUUAUUCCAACAGAAGGUCAGACGCAGUAACUUUGUUACACCAAAGAACUACUUGGACUUCAUGAAUACCUAUUCUAACCUUUUGGAGGAAAAUGACCAAUCAGUCCUGGCUCAGUGUAAACGUCUAGAAGGAGGUUUAGAUAAACUGAAGGAGGCCAGUGAGCAGCUGGCUGAGCUGAAUGUCAAGCUAGCUGAACAGAAGGUGGUCCUCGCUGAGAAGUCCGCAGCUUGUGAGGCAUUGCUGAAUGAGAUUGCCACAAACACGACUGUAGCUAAAGAGAAAAAGGCCCUGGCGGAAGUCAAAGCCGAAGAGAUUGAAGAACAAAACAAAGUUAUUGCUGUUGAGAAAAAAGAAGCUGAGAGCUCUUUGGCUAAUGCUCUGCCAGCAUUGGAAGCAGCCCGCAAGGCACUGCAAGAUCUGGAAAAAUCGGAUGUCACUGAGAUCCGAUCCUUUGCAAAACCACCCAAACAGGUUCAAAUGGUUUGUGAAUGCAUCUUGGUGCUGCGUGGCUACAAGGAGAUCAGCUGGCAGUCAGCUAAGGGGAUGAUGUCUGAAGCUAACUUCCUGCGCUCGCUGAUGGAGAUGGACUGUGAUACCAUAAGUAACAACCAGGUCAGGACUGUCAGAGGCUUCCUAAAGAACCUGCAGACAAGCUUUGAGGAGAUGCAAGCCAUCAGUAAGGCUGGUUCAGGAAUGCUAAAGUUUGUCGAGGCUGUCAUGGGUUAUUGUGACGUUGCCAGGGAGAUAAAACCCAAGAGAGAGAAGGUGGCGCGCCUGGAAAAGAACUUUUUUCAGAGUGAACAGGAGCUGGAGCGCAUUCAGAGUGAACUUAGCAAUAUCCAGAAGGAGCUUCAGACGCUUGAAGGAAAGUACCAAGCGGCUAUUGAGGAGAAACAUCUGCUACAGAAAGAGGCAGAGCUCAUGGAGAAAAGGCUCAUUGCUGCAGACAAACUCAUCUCAGGCUUGAGUUCUGAAAAUGAACGGUGGACACAAGAUUUAGAGGAGCUGAAGCAGCGGCGUGUGCGUCUCCUGGGUGACUGCCUAAUUUCUGCGGCUUUCCUGAGCUAUGAGGGGGCCUUCAGCUGGGACUUCAGGAAUGAAAUGGUAUACCAAGUAUGGGCUAAGGAUGUGCAGGACAGAGGCAUCCCCUUGAGUCAGCCUUUCAAAGUAGAAAGCCUUCUAACUGAUGAAGUAGAAAUCAGCAGAUGGGGCUCAGAGGGGCUGCCUCCAGAUGAGCUGUCAGUGCAGAAUGGAAUACUCACAACCAGAGGGAGCAGGUUUCCACUGUGUGUUGACCCUCAACAGCAAGCCCUCAACUGGAUCAAGAAAAAGGAAGAAAACAACAACCUCAAGGUCUCAUCGUUCAGUGAUCCAGACUUCUUGAAGCAGCUAGAGAUGGCCAUCAAAUAUGGCUUCCCAUUUCUUUUUCAAGACGUUGAUGAGUACAUAGAUCCUGUAAUUGACAAUGUCCUGGAAAAAAAUGUAAAAGGAGUAGAGGGCCGGCAGGUUAUCAUGCUGGGUGACAAGGAGGUGGAUUAUGAUCCAAACUUUAAACUGUAUCUCAACACCAAGCUGGCCAACCCUAAAUAUUCUCCAUCAGUUUUUGGGAAAGCCAUGGUUAUUAACUAUACUGUGACCCUUAAGGGCCUAGAAGACCAGCUGCUGAGUGUUAUAAUGGGCUUUGAAAAGAAGGAGUUGGAGGAGCAGCGUGAGCAUUUGAUCCAAGAGACAAGCGACAAUAAGAAGCUGCUGAAGAACCUCGGGGAUACUCUACUCAGAGAACUGGCCACAUCCGUAGGCAACAUGUUGGAUAACACAGAGCUAGUUCACACACUGGAGGAAACAAAGCUGAAAGCCAACGAGGUAUUUGAGAAACUGAAGUUGGCUGAAAAGACAUCCAUGGACAUUGAUAAACUCAGAGACGGCUACCGCCCUGCUGCUAAGCGAGGCGCUAUCCUGUUCUUCGUACUGACAGAAAUGGCUUUGGUGAACACCAUGUAUCAGUACUCCUUAGCCUCCUACCUGGAGGUGUUCGACUUUUCCCUUCGCAAAUCCCUGCCUGACUCUGUCCUGCAACAGAGACUGAAGAACAUUAUGAGCACGCUGACGUAUAGCGUUUAUAACUAUGCCUGCACAGGCCUGUUUGAGAGACACAAGUUGCUCUUCUCCUUUACCAUGACCAUUAAGAUUGAGCAGGCAGAAGGGAGGGUGCCCCAGGAAGAGUUGGACUUCUUUAUUAAGGGUAAUCUGUCUCUGGAAAAGAGCAAGCGUAAGAAAGCUUGUGACUGGCUUUCUGACCAGGGCUGGGAGGACAUAGUGAAACUGGCAGAACUCUUUCCUGAACAGUUUGACUCUCUGCCCGAUGAUGUGGAGAAACAAUCCGGUGACUGGAAGUCUUGGUAUGACCUGGAUGAACCAGAACUGGCUCUGUUCCCUCUGAAGUACAAGGAGAACCUGUCGCCCUUUCAAAAACUGCUUUUGCUGCGCUGCUUUCGUGUUGACAGAGUCUAUAGAGCUGUGACAGACUAUGUAACUGUCACCAUGGGCGAGAAAUAUGUACAGCCCCCUGUGAUCAGCAUCGAGGCGAUUUAUGAACAGAGCACCCCUUCUUCCCCUAUUGUCUUCAUCUUGAGCCCUGGCUCAGACCCAGCCACUGACCUAAUGAAACUAGCAGAGAAGUCAGGCUUUGGGAGCAAAUUCAAGUUCCUUGCUAUGGGCCAAGGCCAAGAGAAGGUGGCGCUGCAGCUGCUGGAGAUGGCUGUGUCCCGUGGUCAGUGGUUGAUGCUACAGAACUGCCACCUGUUGGUGAAAUGGCUAAAGGACCUAGAAAAGUCCUUAGAGAGGAUCAGCAAACCCAAUCCGAACUUCCGUUUGUGGGUCACCACCAACCCUAUCAAGAAUUUCCCUAUUGGCAUACUGCAAAAAUCUUUAAAGGUGGUGACUGAGGCUCCAAAUGGUCUCAAACUCAACAUGAGAGCCACAUACUCCAAAAUUUCCCAUGAGACUUUGACUGCAUGUCCACAUCCUGCUUUCCGCGGCCUGGUGUAUGUCCUGGCCUUCUUCCAUGCAGUGGUGCAGGAAAGACGAAAAUACGGCAAGAUUGGCUGGAACGUUCCCUAUGACUUUAACGAGUCGGACUUCUUUGUGUGUAUGGAGAUCCUGAAUACCUACCUAACCAAAGCUCACAACCAGGGAGACAGCAACAUUCCCUGGGGAAGUCUUAGAUACCUUAUUGGAGAGGUGAUGUAUGGCGGACGAGCAAUAGAUAGCUUUGAUCGCAGGAUCCUGACUGUGUACAUGGAAGAGUACUUUGGAGACUUCCUCUUUUAUACCUUCCGGCGCUUCCACUUCUUCAUCAACAAGGACGUGGAAUAUAAGAUUCCUCCUAAUGGGGCAAAAAAAAUAUAUGUUGAUGAGAUUGAGAAAAUGCCCCUGGCAAACACACCGGAGGUAAUGGGCCUGCAUUCCAAUGCAGGGAUCGGGUAUUAUACACAGGCAGCUAAGGACAUGUGGACUCACCUAAUAGACCUGCAGCCUCAGACAGGUGAAUUCAGUGGAUCCAUUAGCAGAGAUGAAUACAUCAGCCAGGCAGCGCAGGACAUUCAGAACAAGCUGCCCGAGUUAUUUGACAUGGAUGUCAUCUAUAAAAAGCUCGGGGCAGACGUUUCCCCAACUUCAGUGGUGCUGCUACAAGAGCUUGAGCGCUUCAAUAAACUAGUGGUCCGCAUGCAGCGUUCUCUGGCCGAGCUGCAGAGGGCCCUGGCUGGGGAGGUGGGUAUGAGCAGUGAGUUGGAUGAGGUCUCCUGGGCACUUUUUAAUGGCCACAUUCCUGCAAUUUGGAAGAAGUUGGCACCGGACACUGUCAAGUCCCUUGGAAACUGGAUGAGCCAUUUCAAGAGGCGUUAUGAACAGUAUAGUAGCUGGGUGGAUGAAGGUGAGCCAACGGUGAUGUGGCUGUCAGGCCUCCACAUCCCUGAGUCCUACCUGACGGCUCUGGUUCAAGCCGCAUGCAGGAGGAACGGUUGGCCUCUGGAUCUUUCCACGCUGUACACCCAGGUGACGCAGUACCGCAGCGAAGACGAAGUCAGUAGCAGACCUGCACAAGGCUGUUAUGUGUCUGGCCUGUAUCUGGAGGGAGCGGACUGGGACGUGGAGAAGGGUUGCCUGGUGAGAAGCAAACCAAAGGUUCUGGUUGUUGAACUGCCUAUUCUCAGAGUCAUCCCUACAGAGAGCCACCGCCACAGGCUGCAGAACACUCUGAGGACACCCGUGUACACCACAUCUUUGCGGAGAAACGCAAUGGGCGUGGGCUUGGUGUUUGAGGCAGACCUGUCCACCACUAUGCACUACUCCCACUGGGUUCUGCAGGGAGUGUGCUUAUGCCUGAACGCUGACUAAAGCAGAGCUUCAGCUCACACCAACGGAGACAAAAAAGGCUCAUGACAAAAGGCAAACAAAUAGAAAACUGAGCAAAGAUGUUACUCUCAAUAUGUUAAAGCCUUCACUAUUUUCUCACUAGAUGGCAGCAGUUGACAGCACUGUGUCCCCUCUGGAAGGAAACCAAGGGGUUUUCUUUGUUGCAGUGUUGCUCAGUGUCUUUCAAAAGAACUACUUCGGUUUUGUGGAUUAAUGAAUAAAUAGUUGCACUUA